UCGGCCCCGCAGCCCCCUCCCACAGCCUCCCCAAGUGUGCUCACAGCAGGUGAGAAGUAAACGCACAGGUGAGGGAUCAGCUGCAGCCACCCCUCCCCGAGUACCAUGCUGGGCACGGGUCCGGUGGACGGCUCCUUGUGCCCCCAGCAGAGCUCAGCCCGCAGCGAGGACUCGGCGUCAUCCAGCGAUGCCGGUUGCCAGAGCUCAGAGGAUGCGCGUUCUGCCAGCCCUGCUCAGGACACACAGGACCCCCAGGCCGGCGAGGUGGAAGGCUGCUGCCAUCCUGCACAACGCUGCUGCAAGAGGAAGCUCUCUGCCUUUGCACCGGAGGGGUCUGGCACGGGGGAGCAGCCCGUGGCCCCCAGCCCCGUAUACCGGCUGGUGCUGGCAGGGGACAGCGGUGCAGGCAAGUCCAGCUUCCUGCUGCGCCUCUGCAGAAAUGAGUUCAGAGGUGACAUCUCCUCCACAUUAGGGGUGGACUUCCAGGUGAAGGAGCUGCUGGUGGAUGGGGAGCAAACCACACUGCAGAUCUGGGACACUGCUGGGCAGGAGAGGUACCGCAGCAUCUCCCGCUCCUACUUCCGUAAGGCCCACGGCGUGCUGCUCCUGUACGACAUCAGCUCCCAGAGCAGCUUCCUCAGCGUCCGCCGGUGGAUUGAAGACAUCGAGGGCGCCGGGACCGCACUGCCGCUCAUGCUGGUGGGUAAUAAGAGCGACCUGCGGGCCACGCUGCCGGAGACGGCAGGGGUCCACACGGCCCACGGACAGAGGCUGGCCACGGCCCAUAACUGCCUGUUCUGCGAGACCAGCGCCAAGGACGGCACGAACGUGGUGGAAGCCGUGCUGCACCUCGCCCGGUGA